AUGGAGAGAGCAGGAUGGAAGCCAAACGAUGAUCACCAUCAGAUAACUCCAAAUUGUCCCCGGUGUGGUUGUUCCAACACCAAAUUUUGUUACUACAACAACUAUAGCUUAACUCAACCAAGGUACUUCUGCAAGGGCUGUAGGAGGUACUGGACCAAGGGUGGGUCUCUCAGGAACGUCCCGGUAGGAGGCGGCUGCCGGAAAAACAGAAGAGGGUCCAAGUCCUUAAGGCUAUCCACCACUGCCACAGCCCCAGAAGGUCAUGUUCAUCAAUCUAGUAAGAGUGCUACUAAUUUGGGUAGUUAUGGGAGUGCUGUUCACAAUUCUUAUGGCACCAAUGUAAUUAUGAACAACUCAUUGGGUGAUUCCACAAGCUCCUCAGUAAGUCAAGAUGGUUCAAGUAUUGAUCUUGCACUUGUUUAUGCAAAUUUCUUGAACCAAAAGCCAGACGAUUCGAAUAGCACUGGAUCUGAUCAUCAGCUGCCAGAAUUACCUAGCGAAUUCGAUCCGGCUGCUCUAGAUUUUUCAAGCAUGGCAUUGAACAUGAACAAUGCAAGCUCAGGAGGGAACACUAUUAGUAGCAUUCAAUUAAUGGAAGAUCAUCAAAAUGGUCUUGUUGGGUCACUUGGAUGCCACACUGAAAAUUGUAGCACCAAUGAUCUCAUGUACUUUGGUGGAUUGGACCCAUUAAUUCAUCAUCAUGAGAAGCAUCAUCAUCAAAUUCAAGAUGCAAGUGAUUUUGGGUUGCCACCAAUAUUGCCAGUAGGCCAAGAGGAGGCAUUGUGGUCUACUUCUCAAAUAAUGGCUCAUACAAGUCGUCCUAUGCAAGCUGCUGCUACACCACUACUAGGAGGAGGGCCAGAAGCUCAUGAUCCAAACCUCUUAAUUGGUAGUUGUUGGAGCCCAUUUGAUUUGCCUUGUAAUGAAAAUUUCUCCAGGACAUGAUGACAACAUUGAUGUUCUUUUCUU